AUGAGUUUGAACGAGCUGAUCGACGGGCAAAAAGUUGAGGUGGUUUCUCACCCCACUCUCAACAUUACUCAUGGUGUCGUUUACGAUAUCGAUACCAAAGACAUGAGCAACGAAGAACUUCUUGACGAGCUGAAAGGUCAAGGAGUCGCAGCAGUGCGUAGGAUCACCAAGCUGCACGAAGGAGUAGUGAGCAAUACCCCUCUGGUGGUGAUAUCGUUUAGUGGCUCAACCCUCCCCGACUACAUUUACCUCGGAUUGGUACGCACUAGCAUCCGGCCCUACUACCCGUCCCCCAUGCUGUGCUACCGCUGUGGCAAAUUCGGGCAUGGCACUAGGGUGUGCCCCAACAAGGAAACUUGCUUGAACUGCAGCCUGAACCACCCAUCAGCCAAAGAUAACCCAUGCACCCAAGUCUCAAAGUGUAUAAACUGCAGCGGAGAGCACUCAACAAGAGCAAAAGAGUGCCCCAAAUACAUGGAAGAGGUAGCCAUCAUUAAAGCGAAAGUUUCCCUAAACCUUUCCUUCCCCGAAGCAAGAGCUCUAAUAACACAAAAGCGCAAAGGACCAAGUUACGCUGAACAAACCCAGAAAGGCACGGAAUCGAAAGACAACGAGAAAGAUUCCACUAUCGCUAGACUGAAGGCGGAGCUUAUUAGGCUAAAGGGCGAAAAGAGCAAUCCGCCAAAAGAUGACCGGGACGAAGAGAUAUCAAACCUCAAACACCACCUAGCGGAGGCCGUUCGCCAGCUUAGAAUUGCCAAGCAACAACUCACCGAGGUAACGAAAGAAAAUAGCAGAGCUAACACUUCACCGAAAGUAGAGCAGGGAAACGUCAACAAACUAAACCCGACCACCACGAUAUCGACCGAAUGUAACGUAGUAGCCGCGAAACAACAGCGAGACCCCCGACUUCGUGACGAACGAAAGCAACAAAGAAAUCGUAGCCGAGCAGGCGAAGGGGAUAAAUCCCGAAGCCCUAUCGGAAACAAAACAGAGCCAGCACCACCGAAACAACAACGGACAACCCGCGCGAAUUCCCGCAACAACAGCCCUUCACUAUCCGGACAUUUGAACAUCUCAGACACCGAAACGACGCAAAACUCCAUGCCCCAAGCGUCUUUCGUAAUGUCCGACUAG